GCUCUCUGGAUAAGCACAGCAAUUAUAGCAGAGGAGAGAGAAAAGCAGGAAUGGCGAUAUUCGGGAAUGCCUUGACCAUCGUUGUCCUGCUGGUGAUACUUAUUAUUUUGGAAACAGGAAAGGUCAAUGAAUUUUCAGGUCUGGUGUUGCAGGAAAGCCAUGAAGCAGAACACUUUCAUCCUCAUACCCGGCACAGAAGAAACGAGCUGCGGGCUGAGUUUGAGUAUGAAGUUGACCUGGAGCUGAAUGUGACAGAUAUUGCAACAGUGGACUACCUCAGGAGCCUGUUCAACACCGCCAGCUAUUCCAUAACCUUGGAUCCCGCUGUGAAUAUCACACACACUCACAUCACAACAGUGUGCUACCCCAGUGGCACCAGCUUCCAGUGCAAGUGUGAGGAUGAAUACCUUUGGUCAUAUGGAAACUGCAACACUUAUGGAGCUUGUGAUGAGAUCAUUGAGGACGCUUGCACAUGUAUUAACAGUAUCCCGUUCACUGGGCAAUACUGCCAGCCAAAGAGAGUUUGCAGGCGAGAUGCUGAAGGGUUGCAGUGCCGCUGUGAGAAUAACUACGUUUGGCCCUGUGACAUGUGUGCCACCUAUGGGGAAUGUGAUGGUGAUGCAAACAGCACAUGCACAUGCAUCAGAGCCAUUCCCACAGAGGGACAGUCCUGCCAGUCAGCACAGCAAAACAUUACGAGAUGUCCUCUGACAACAACAUCUCCAUCAACAGCCUCCAUAACCCCUGCAGUUUUUUAUGAAUAUCAGGCUUCUGUUCAGUUGCACAUCUCAGAAAUCAAUCGGCUGAGAACUAUUCUGAACAACAUCAGUUAUCCCAUCAAGAUUGACAGUCACACACAGAUCUCUAAUAUCAGCAUUUCAACAGUUUGUGAUCCGAGCAGUGGAGGCCUCCAGUGCAAAUGUGAGGAUCAGUAUCGCUGGUCAUGUGACCAGUGCCUCCUGUAUGGAUCCUGUGAUAACAUCACUAAUGACACGUGUGGAUGUAUUAAUGCCCUUCCUCUUAAUGGACAAUACUGCCAGGCUGUUGAUCAGCACAACUUCACACCAUGUCCCCAGACGACAGGUAAUCCACUGUCAACAACUUCUCCAUUUACUCAUGAAUACCUGGUUUCUGUUCAGCUGAACACCACAGAAGUUACUGUGGUAAAUCUACUCAGAACUGUAGUUAACAACAUGAGUUAUCCCAUCCACAUCAACAGCCAAAUAGAACUGACUGACAUCAACAUUUCCACAGUUUGCUCCCCGAACAGUGGAAGCUUCCAGUGCAAAUGUGAAAAUGGGUAUCGCUGGUCCUGUGAUCAGUGUGUAAUGCAUGGACCCUGUGACAGCAUCACUGAUGACACAUGUGGAUGCAUCAAUACCAUUCCUCCUGUUGGACAAUAUUGCCAGUCUGUGUAUCAGCACAACUUUACCACAUGUUCUCCUACAACAACAGCUGCACUACCAACAACUCCUCCAGUUGUUUAUGAAUACCUGAUUUCCAUUGAGCUGAUCACCACAGACAUAACAAUAAUCAAUAAAGUGAGGGCCAUUCUGAGAAACAUCAGUUACCCCAUCAGCAUCAACAAUCACAUAAACAUCUAUGAUAUCCACAUUUCUACAGUUUGCUCUCCGAGCAGUGGAGGCUUCCAGUGCAAAUGUGAAGAUGGGUACCGCUGGCCAUGUGAUCAGUGUCUGAUGUUCAGACCCUGUGACAGCAUCACUGAUCACACAUGUGGAUGCAUCAACAGGAUUCCUCCUGAUGGACAGUACUGCCAGUCUGGGUAUCAGCACAAUUUCACAGCCUGUCCUGUUACGACUCCCAUCCCAACACCAACAGAGUUUACAACAUAUCCUUCAACAACAGCUCCAACAACAAGGCAGCUGGAGCAUACCCUCCAGUCCCCCUUCUUAAAGAUGGGGGCCACCACCCAAGUCUGCCAAUCCAGUGGCACCACCCCAGAUCUCCAUGCGACACUGGAGCAGAGACAGGGAAGUGUUAUCACAGACUUUGUUGUUCAGACAAAACAAGUUGAUCAGAACGAAAUGACUGAAGCAAAUACACACUUCACAGAGGCCUUACAGUCUGUUGCCGCUGUCAUUGGCUCAGUUAUUGUACAUUUUUUCAGUUCAGGUUCAGUCAGCACUCCUGAUGAGACUUAUACUGGUAAAACCAUGACGCUGAUAUGUGGCCCCACUAGCACUGAUAAUAUUAAAAUCGGAACAGUUUCUGAUUCUGUUUGGAAAUUUAAUGACUUGGAAAUUAAGUCUGAAAGGAUUAAAAUAGAUUCUUCUAACAAUCAGUCCAAGUUGAUAGUUAAAAACGUCAUUCCUGCUGAUGCUGGACGAUAUGAAUGUAUCCUUAAGAGUAGAGACUUUAAUUUCAUCCAAAGUGGAGUUGUAAAAGAAGCUCAGAUCAAACAAGCUCCCAUUGUCCAAGUACAAAGUAAAAUUAAUGUGAAAUGCAAACAGGGACAGAAACAACCACUUCAAUGUUGUGUGCAAUCACCCUACAAAGUGACCUGGUAUAAUGGUUCAUCUUUAUUAAUUUCUGAAAAUGUUGAAAAAAACUGCAUCAAGUAUGAUUAUGAAAUGAAAAGCUGCAACGGAUCACAAGCAGAAGAAAAAGUUUUUACUUGUAAGGUUGAUGAACCAAAAGGGUAUGAACAGACAACAAAACUGACCAUUUUCACUGAAGGUAUUGAGUGUAAUGACAGUGAGUACGGAGCUGGACGAGCAGGUGACAGAGCGACCAAAAGCUGUGAUAAAGGUCAAGAGGGGAACAAGACUGCAGAAUGUCAGAAGACAGGAAAGUGGACACUUGUGGAGGACAUCUGUGUCAUAAUUAAAAUCAAUCAAUUAUUUACUGCUUCACAAGACCUGGUUGUUGAAAAAGUGCCAAAUUUUGUUGCAGAACUGAGUGAAACUGUCAGUGGCAGUGCAAAAGAAAUUGCAAAUUCGUCUGCAACAAUAUCAGCUAUUGUUAACAUCCUAAAUAACAUUGCAAAUGUUUCCACUAAUGUCAAUGAAACUGUCAUGCAGAAUGUACUAAACACCAUUGAUGUCAUUAUUGGUGAUGAUGCAAAAAAGUCCUGGGGCUUUCUGAAUGAAAAAGCCAACAAUGCCAGCUCAGCAUUACUGGGUUCACUGGAGACACUCACCAAUGGGCUGGAUGGUAGAUUUUCCAUAGCAACUGAACGGAUCACACUCAACAGAACCACAUUCAACAACUCAUUCACUGGAGAUCUUAACACUAACUUUUUCAUAAAAAUUCCACACACUGACAUUUUCAAUGUCUUUAUUACUACAAUUACUUUUCCUACCCUGAGUAAUGUCAUGCCAGUAAGGAACUCCACUUUUGACACCACCGCCAUCAACAACAAUGUUAAUGCCACCAGCAACGAAACUCAUGAAACUAAUGAUGCCAUUAACGCUGCUGUGGUGCUUGUCAAAAUCGAUGCAACCAUUCAAAGUGUUACUCUCAGCUACAAAAAGUUAAACACCUCCCUGUCACAGAACCCACAAUGUGUCUUCUGGAAUUUCACACUUUUUGAUAAUCUUGGUGCUUGGGAUAAUGAAGGAUGUACAUUUGUUUCUGAUGAAAAUGAUAACGUAACCUGCCACUGCAACCACCUGACAUCUUUCUCUAUUCUGAUGUCAACUCGUGUCCCUCCACUAGUUAGAAAACUCUUAGAUAUAAUCACUUAUAUUGGGGUUGGAAUAUCUUUGGCAAGUUUGGUUAUAUGCCUUAUUAUUGAAGGAUGUGUUUGGAAAGUCAUUACCAGAAACAGUACUGCCUUCAUGCGUCAUGUUUCCAUCAUUAACACUGCUCUUUCUCUGCUGAUUGCUGACAUAUGUUUCAUCAUUGGGGCUGCUAUUGCUAAGAACCCCAGUGAAAACCCUGGAGAGAACUAUGAUGUUCCAGUUGGACCAUGUAGCACAGCAACAUUCUUCAUGCACUUUUUCUACCUUGCUCUGUUCUUUUGGAUGCUUGUCUCAGCCCUUCUCCUCUUUUACCGGACAGUUAUGGUCUUCUCCCAUAUGUCUAAGUCAACCAUGUUGGCCAUCGGCUUCAGUUUAGGCUAUGGCUGCCCUCUGAUUAUAGCUAUGAUUACUGUUGCUGUCACAGCAUCUAACAAUGGAUACAUAAGGGACCGUGAAGCUUGUUGGCUUAACUGGAAUGAGACAAAAGCCCUGCUUGCUUUUGUGAUACCUGCCCUGACUAUAGUUGUUAUCAACAUUUUGAUAGUAAUUGUGGUCUUGUUCAAAAUGAUGAGAAGAGGUGUGGGAGACACUGUCCAAAGAGAUGAAAAACAUACAUUGAUUGUCAUUUUAAGAUGCGUGGCCAUUUUGACUCCUUUAUUUGGAUUAACCUGGUCUUUGGGAGUGGGAACUAUGGUCUCUCCAACAAAUCGAGGAAUUCAUAUUGCCUUUGCAUCCUUCAAUUCAUUCCAGGGUUUCUUCAUUUUAUUGUUUGGGACACUAUUUGAUUCAAAGAUCCGUAUGAUCCUCUCAAGACGUGUGCCUAGACUAAGUACGAGCUCAUCAAAGAGCACAAGCACUGGCAUUUUUACUUUCAGUGGAAUUAACUUAAUAAAUCGACUCAGAAGGAGGCAAUAUCACUACCGUGUUUCAGAGGCUGAAAACUCAAACAGCAGUGGUGCAUCUGAAUCAUUCAUGUAUAUCUGAAUGGUUGCAAUAAUGAAUUCACAUUAAAUGAAUUCAAUUAACAGUAAGAAAGCAAGAACAAUAUGUCUCAUGUAAAGAUCAGUGGCGUGAUAUUGUAAAUAUAAAUGUAAAACAGUAUUGUGACUUUGCACUUGUUGCUUCUUGCAGCAGUGUUCAGGAUCACUAAAGGUGCACAAUGAUGAUGGCAGGC